AUGGAGCACUACAAACCACACUCUGGCUCGACGUUCGAGGGUUACUACUCAAAGUUUCGAUUUCCAUCCGGCGCACAUCUGGCUUUGAUCAUCUGCACAGUUCCAGGAGCCAAUGAGCGACCUCACAAUAUCACCUUCACAUACGUACCGGAAGAAGACGUGACCAAAUGUUUCCAACGCGAGGUCUUUGUCGACGAAUUGAAAAUGAUCAAUGGGGAAGGCGACGUAGCGUUUGAGCAACACUGGAAGGGAGGCUACGUCAAGGUUUACAACGAUUCGACGACUGAGUAUUGCAUUGAUCAUCUCGAAGACGAGGGCUUCAGCUUUAAGGGAAAGACGACUAGUCGCACGCCAUGGAUGCCUGAUAUGGAUACUCCAGAGGGUGCACUCGUCUACCUACCUCUCCCUCUACAUUGGCACGUGCACUCUGUGGCUUCGGACUGCGAGUUCGAAAUGAAGAUCAAAAACUACGACCUACCUGAGGAUGACAAGAAGGGUAUUGCAUCCGUCCAUCAAGAAAAAAAUUGGGCCAACAGCUUCCCUUCCGCUCACCACUGGGUUCAAGCCCGAGACGGCGACCGCGGCAUCUGUAUUGCCGGCGGCGAGAUCCUCGGCAUGGAGGCCUACCUACUGGGCUACCACGCCAGCGACCCGAGGUACAACAUGACUUUCCGACCACCCUUCGCCGUAAAAGCCGCUGGUAUCGCCCCCUUCAUGAGCGUCGAACACAGCUGGGACACACGUACCUUCGAGCUCAGCAUCCAAAGCUUUACACAAAAGAUUGUCGUGUCGGCGAGGGCCCCCAUGNGUUCAUUCUUCACCCUGAGCUCGCCAUUCCCAGACGGCCAUCGUCUCAACUUUUUGGCCGAGAGUUUCCGUGCCUCGAUCAAUGUCAAGGUGUAUCACGCUGGCGUGCUGGGUCCCUGGGAGUUUGUGCACGAGGACAAUUUCGAGAAUGGCAGUCUUGAGUUUGGCGCUGGAUACUAUCCUCCUGCGGGUAAGGAGGAACGCUUUUACUGA